AUGGCUGGCUCCUCCCCCUUCGUUGCAUCUGUCAACGGCGUCGACAGUCGCUCGGCGGCGCACGAGCUCCCGCUCGCGCCCGGCCUUGCAGGUCCCUUGCAGACGACAGGACUGGGGCCCUUCGUCGACGACGAGAUGCCCGACGCCGGACCUGUGAACACCUACGAUCUCAACUUCACUCACCCACAUUCUCCCACCCCCGGUCCUUCGACAUCACUCACAUCGUCGACUGGGUAUGAACCCAUGGACGUGGACGUCGACUCCGGCUACAACUCGUCGUCCCCUGUAUCAAUCUUCUCUGGUUGCUCGACGGAUAUGAACGGUGUCGAGCCGUCCGACCCGAGCACCCUUACGGACGAGGACAUGUACGAACUCCUCAAGGCGCCUCUUAUGCGGGACACCCCGCUACCGUUCGACGACGACGCGGACCUCGACUACUCGCUCGACGGUCAUGCUGAAUGGGCAUCUGUCGAUACGCUUCUGCUUGACCUGCUGACACCCAUGCCCUUGAUUUUCGACUAUUGA